GACAGUUAACCCUCAAGCGAGGGAUGAGACGUUGGAACAACUGUUGGCCCAAGUGCGGGAUCUGCAGGCCCGGGUUGAAGGAAGGAAAACUGGUGGCCCGAGGGGACACCCGUUCUCUCAACACAUCCUCGACGCCGACCUUCCCCAGGGUUUUCGUGACUUAAACAUAAGCUACGACGGAUCGACCGACCCAUCUCGACACAUGAGGAGCUUCGAGAAUAUGGCAGUGUUCCACCGUUACAACGAUUCGGUGCAGUGUCGAGCCUUCCUGAAGACGUUGCGAGGAUCGGCCCAGGACUGGUUUCACCAAUUACCGGCAGGAGCCAUUAAGGACUUCGAGGGGUUCAGCUCGAGUUUCCUUAACCAAUUCGCGAGUGUUAGGCCACAGGAAAAAUCAUAUCUGACUCUAAUGGGCAUACAACAAAAAGAAGGGGAGUCGCUGCGAGAUUAUGUAGCAAGGUAUACGCGAGCGUGUGUUGAAGUGCCCAGAGCAUCGGAAGAAAUAAAAGCGGGAGGAUUAACUCGAGGGCUGUUGCCAGGAUUGUGCAGGAAUUCCCUUGCCAAGCGCCCGGGUAGGACGUUUGACGAAGUAUUGGGGAGGUGCGCAAAAUAUAUGAAUGUCGAGGAGGCAGAAGCCGAUUUCUCGCGGGCCGUCAAAGUAACCAAAACAGAUCCUCGUGACGAGAGGAGAGAGAAGAGGGGUUCCUCGACCGGGGAGACAAAUGGAUCCCCACGAGCGGAAAAGGACGGACGACCUAGAAGCUGGAGGCCGACUCAGUACACCCCUCUGGCGGCCCCGCAAGCUAGGAUCCUGGAAGUCAUGGAGAGGGAGAUUCGAAAGCAUGCUAAAGUCGAGGUCCACCAAGUCGAUGAGGGAGGACCAGUGAUGAACUUUGGGCCAGCAGACGUGGGGGAAGUCGAGAGGCCUCACAAUGACGCCUUAAUGAUAACCGCCCAAGUGUCGGGAUAUGAGGUACAGAGGAUCUUUGUUGACACUGGGAGCUCGGUCAAUGUAAUCUUUUACGAUUGCCUCAAAAGGAUGGACCUCGACAUUGAAUUAUCACCCCUGCAUACAUCGCUUUUCGGUUUCAACGGCUCGGAGGUCGCGCCUUUGGGAGAGGCCACACUCGCUGUCGUUUUAGGAGAAGGGGAUUUGCGAAAGGUGAAGAUGAUAAGGUUUGUGGUGGUCGACGUCGAAUCAGCCUAUAAUGUGAUUCUCGGAAGACCGGCGUUGAAUGCCUUUCAGGCUGUAGUGUCGACUUACCACAUGAAACUGAAAUUCCCAGUUGGCGAUCGGGUAGGAGAAGCACGAGGGGAUAAGAAAUUAUCCAGAGCCUGUUAUCAAAUAGCUAUAAAGACAAACCAGAAAACGGAAGUGAGAGAAGGAAAAAAGCCAACACCGAGCGAGAAAAGGCCGAUGAGGAGUGACCUCAAGCCGCAUGGGGAGCUAAUAGAAAUACAAAUUGGGGAAAGGGAGGACCAAACCACCAAGAUAGGAGGAGGAUUGGAGAAAGAGCUAAAGAGGCAGUUAGUGGAAUUGUUAAAGGAGUUCAGGGAC